AUGGAAGAGGCCUCACGGGUGCUAAGAGACGUAUACUCCGGACGUUUGAGGCUCAACGGCGAAGAAUCUAUAGAGACCCUCAUAGCAGCCAACAACUACGCGAACGCCCUUUUGAGUUUCAAGUGCCUCAAAGAAGCCAGGUCACUGUUGCUAAAAACGAUUCCUGUGGCGCGACGCGUUCUUGGAGAAAGUCAUGAAGUUACGCUCAGGGCGAGGGCGACUUACGCGGAGGCGCUCUACAAGGACCCCGCCGCCACGCUCGGUGAUCUCAGUGAGGCCGUGACGACGCUCGAGGAGAUAGGACCGAUCGCGCGGCGCGUGCUCGGUGGGUCGCAUCCGCUCACAGCGCUGUUUGAGGAUGCUCUACGAAGGUCACGAGCCGCGCUCCGCGCCCGCGACGCGCCGUCGACGAGUGGCUAAGAAGAUAUACUAUGUUACAAAAAACGGCGCAC